AUGACGGCCUACAAUGGUCUCAAGGACGAGUUGACUCAAUUCUUACAAGCUUCAUCCCCGGAUUGGGUUAUUUAUGACUUUGCUCCUUAUUGGUUACCGCAAAUUGCGGCAGAGCUUGCCAUCUCACGUGACUUCUUCAACGUAGUUAACACCUGCUUUGAUCCACGGACAAAGCUGGAAGACUUUACGGUCCCACCUAAAUGGAUCUUGUCUUUUUCCAACUUGGCCCACCGGUAUUACGAGAUCAAGUGGAUCGUGAAGGCAGCACAAAACAUUACCUCAGAUGUUUUGGACACGUAUCGACUUGGGUCCGCAAUUGUUGGGUGCAACGUGCUUGCCACACGUGAUUGUGAAGAGUUCGAAGCCCAUUGUGGUUGGAGUUCAAUUAUUGAGGGCCUUCAAUUUGGACAUACACUUAUUAUGUUGCCCUUCAUGGUAGAGCAAGGAUUGAAUGCUAGGAUUUUUGAGAAAAACAAGGUAGGUAUAGAAAUAUCGAGAGAUGAUCGAGACGGGUUAUUGUACCGGAACUCAGUAGUUGAGUCACUGAAGUUGGUAAUAACUGACGAUAAGGGAAAGGUUUAUAGGGAUAAAGCUAGAGAGAUGAUCUAUUUGGUGACAAACUUCGACAUGGCCAUUAUAUAG